AUGAAACGUUCUGCAGGAGACCGAUUUGGAAGUGGAAGUAAACGGACACGAAUGGACAGUUAUGAAGAAGCUUUAGCGAAUGGCAAAUAUGAACUACGAUUGGUAGUGACGAGUCGAGGCGCUGGUGGUAUCAUUGGCAGGGGAGGCGAGAAUAUCAAACGCCUCCGUUCUGAGUUCGACGCGAACCUGACCGUCCCAGAUAGCCAGACGCCCGAACGGGUACUGACACUCACAGCUACAACAGAAAACAUCGCAAACUGCUUACGUGAAAUUAUACCACGUCUGGAUGAAAAUCGCGAAGAUGAUCAUGAUCGACGAAUGAAGAAAGCAGACAGAUCGGAUAGUGAAAUGAAAGUUUUAGUACAUGAAUCUCAUGCCGGUGCUGUUAUUGGCCGUGGUGGGUCACGAAUAAAGGAACUUCGCGAAAAAACUGGGGCACAACUCAAGGUUUUUUCUCGUUGUGCACCACAAUCAACUGAAAGAAUCGUACUGUUGAAUGGUGAAGUGGAAAAAAUAAUUGAUUGUAUCAAUAUCAUUAUUGAUGUGUUGAAAGAGAUCCCAAUAAAGGGACCUGUUCGGCCAUAUGAUCCGAUGUAUUAUGAUCCAGAUAUCAUUAGCGAUUAUGGUGGGUAUGUUCCUGAUCGGAAUUUUAUCUCACGUGUAGGUCGAGGAAGAGACUUUGGGUUUAGCAGUGGUAUAAUUCCUUCACGAUAUCCUGGAAGAGAUGAUCGUUAUGGUGGAAUGAGGGAUAUGAUGGGCCGCUAUUCACCUAUUCCAGCUAUGCAGACCACACAGGUGGAAACAACUGACGUUACAAUUCCGGACGAAUUAGGAGGUGCGAUAAUAGGUAAAGGUGGUUCACGAAUCAACCGAGUGCGUGAAGAAUCGGGAGCACAGAUCGAAGUUGAGCCUCAUCGCGAUAAUGGUGGUGAUCGGAUCAUAACAAUAUCUGGUACUCGAGAGCAAAUUCAGGCAGCACAAUAUUUGCUGCAACAGUGCGUUCGUACGUCGGAAGCUGGAAGACGUUAUUUAAGCGAGCAUUAA